CUCUGUGCUAAGAGUGAAAAGGAAGAUGGAGAAAAAGAGCAAAAUCAACGGCCACGCCAUGGGCGACUCUGCAGAACGGUUGCGAGAGAAAGGAGCCCCGAAAAGCAUGCGGGAGAAGCUGGGGCGCUUUCUAAGCCGGAACCUUCUGGUGAUCAUGACGGUCUCCGGCGUGGUGGUGGGUGUCGGGCUCGGAAUGGGGGUCCGUAACAUGAAUCUGACCAAGGCGCAGAUGACCUACUUUGCCUUCCCGGGUGAGAUGCUCCUCCGGAUGCUGAAAAUGAUCAUCCUGCCGCUGGUCGUGUGCAGCCUCGUCUCCGGCGCAGCCAGCUUGGACACCCGCUCCCUGGGCAAGUUGGGGGGAAUCGCGGUCGCCUACUUCCUGGUGACCACCCUGAUCGCCUCCGGGAUUGGCGUGGCAUUGGCCUUCAUCAUCAAGCCCGGCGUGGGCGCAAGCGCUCUCAACAGCAACAGCUUGGGUCUGGAGAGCGUCAGCACCGAUAAGGAGACCACUGAUUCCUUUCUGGACCUGGCCAGGAACUUAUUCCCGUCAAACUUGGUGGCUGCCGCUUUCCGCUCUUAUGCUACUGACUACAAGAUGAUUGCUUCAGGCAAUGACACCAAUGGGACCACCGUCUAUCAAAAGGUGCCCUUUGGAACAGAAAACGAUGGCAUGAACAUUCUGGGUCUGGUGUUAUUCGCGAUGGUGUUCGGCGUGGCACUGAGGAAGCUCGGCGAUGAGGGCGAGGAGCUAAUCCGAUUCUUCAACGCUUUCAAUGAGGCGACCAUGGUGCUGGUAUCCUGGAUCAUGUGGUACAUCCCAUUUGGCAUUGUGUUCCUGGUGGGCAGUAAAAUUGUGGAAAUGGAAGAUGUGGUCCUCCUGGUCACAAGUCUGGGCAAAUACAUAUUUGCUUCCAUUCUGGGGCAUAUUAUCCACGGUGGCAUUGUCCUGCCACUCAUCUACUUCGCCUUCACGCGCAAGAACCCUUUCAGUUUCCUGUCGGGCCUCAUUACGCCCUUCACGACCGCCUUCGCCACCUGCUCCAGCUCAGCAACUCUUCCAUCUAUGAUAAAGUGUGUGGAGGAGAACAACGGUGUGGAUAAGCGAAUCAGCCGCUUCAUCCUCCCCAUCGGCGCCACAGUCAACAUGGACGGAGCGGCCAUAUUCCAGUGCAUAGCUGCCGUUUUCAUCGCUCAGCUUAACAACAUCGAGCUGAACGCCGGGCAGAUCUUUACUAUCUUGGUGACAGCGACAGCCUCCAGCGUGGGAGCUGCGGGAAUCCCAGCUGGCGGCAUCAUCACCAUUGCCAUUAUUCUGGAGGCCAUCGGGCUACCGACCAAUGAUCUGUCUCUUAUGCUGGCGGUUGACUGGAUCGUGGAUCGCACAACCACAGUGGUCAAUGUGGAAGGCGAUGCUCUGGGUGCUGGGAUUUUGCAUCACAUCAACCAGCAGGAGAUGAAAAAGCAGAAGCAGCAACAGGAUGAGCUGGAUAAGGGAGGGGAGCUUUCUGAGGUGCGGGUGGAGACGGUGGCCAACAUCCAGGCGCAGGAGGAGACCUCACCUCUUGUUAUGCACAAAACCAAAUCAUCAGAAGCCACACCGGAAGCCGUUGAGUCAGUCCUGUGAACUAAUGCAAGGUUUUUUUUUUUUUUGCUAUUCAUUGUCAAACCUGUUGAUCUUUGUACACGGUUAAUGUCACUGCUGUUGGAACAUUCAUAUAAGUCACUGAAGAAGAUAUGGCCACCGUUUGCCAAUACUAAUAAUAAAUAAUAAUAAAUUGGGCUGCUUGAUUAGAGAAAAUAAUUAAUCACAUUUAUUUUGGUAAUAAUUGAAAUCAUGAUUAUUCAAACAAUCAUUUAUUUUUUGGUACAAAACAAAAAAAUAUUUAAACAUGUAAAAAAUAUUAAGAUAAAUAAAUUUCCUUGAAAGAUUUCCUUGUAGAUCCCAACAAAAUUUAUCAUAGUUAUUUUAAAAUAAAGGCGCAAAUAUAUGGUUUUAUACAAACACACAGUGCAUUGGAUAAUAAUGCAUAAUAAUAAUUGCAUUUUUUUUUAUGAUUAUGUCAUGUUUGAAAUCGGGAAGUGUAAUAAAUGUAAUCGGAAUUGAAUUUCGAUUAAUUGCACAGCCCUUAUAAUAAGUUCCUCAAACAUUCCCAUCAAUGUGAUACUUAUGUUUCUUUGUUCGUCACAUGCAUUUCUUUGUUUUCAUCAUGAGACCAACGUUACCUAAAGACCUCAAACAACAACUUGACAGCCAUAAGCCAUGCUGAGCUGUACAGGAAUUAGAAAAGAAAGAGAAAAGAAAAAGGGAUCACAAGUUUAUUCUGUCUCAAAAUCAAAUGUGAUCAUACACACUGUGAGUGAGGAGGUGGUGUUGUUUGUGCUAUUCACAGAUGUUAACAUUUGUUUGCCUAGCCACAAGUCAAACAUUAACCUUUGGAAGGAAGGAAUCUGGCCCAUUUUCCCACUCUAGCUAGUCACUAGUCACCUAGGACAUACCCAUUUAGGGAAGCUGAAAUUUGACACAGUGAAUGAACCAACAAUUUUUUCUUUAAGGAAUGAUGAUACAUUUAUGAUACUGUGAAAGGCUUGUGUAUAAGCGAUGGUUUUAAAGUACUGCAAGCACCUUGUUUGUUGAGGCUCAUUCUCUCAAGAAAAAAUUGAUGUUGUAUAUUGUGGUCAAACUUUAUGAAAACAUCUUUUAUGUACCCAAAUCUUUGAUUGCUUUCUAAUAAUAGUGUUUCAUGGGCAUGUAUAGUGUUUUCAAGAUUGUGUUUGUGUUGCAGCGGGGCUUCGUCUUUUGUACAUGCAAAAUAGUGCAGGCUGAACGUUACAUACAUGGUGCUUAACUUUUCAUAUGAUUUUUAAAGUCAUGCUGGUUUGUUUAAAAGUAUGACACACUCCCAGGUUUCGUGUCACUUUUAUUUCUUCCUCACUUUGGAUGAUUUUAGAACUCAAGCCUCCUCUAAUUUUGUUUUUAAUAUAUAUUUUUUUGAAUCUCUUAAAAUCGAUAGCAAAUUCAUGAAUUGAUGUCCACUUUAAUCACUGAACGCUCUCUAGUGGUGAUGAGCGGGACUAAACUUUUUACAUAUUUUUACAUAUGGCUUUGCUGAGAUACUCAUGUAGAGAAUAGAAUAAAAUGCUUUUAUUGUCAUUAUACAUAAAUUGUCCAACAACGAGAUUGGAGAGCUUCUCCUAUUUCAGUGUAAAUAUCAUCAUUUCCAUUAAUUUGAACUGUCUUUUUCAUUGUCAAUAUUUUGUGAUGAAAUCUGUCUGUGUGUGAGCAAUGAAUCUCAUUUAUGUGUUGACAUGUGUGUUAAAACUGUUAGUUUUAAGCAAGCUGUGAAUUAAUAUGCUGUAUACGUGUAAAAUCAUCUUACUUUACAAUCGACUAACCACUUUUGUCGCAUGAAAUGCGAAUUUUCUAUCUUUUUUAAUAUAGCUGAUGUGACAUAUGCGUACCUACUACUGCUUCUACUGAUGAUUUACGGUACCUUCUAAAAACGAAAGCCUCUGCUGUUACAAUCUUUCCUUGUGUGCAUUUAAAUAAAUAGUUACAGUACUUCUUUGCCCGUUCUACAGUGAAGCUGCAUUUUUACCUUUGAUUCUGCUGUCUGUCACUGUUAAAAAGAAGUAAAGUUACUUUUGACCACAAA